AGCACGCGCCACACCUCGUGACUUCAAAAGAGUUGAGGGAGCUAUGUCUACCUUUAGAUUCGGGAGUAGUGUCGGCCCUUCUGGGGUCAACUCUGAAGAUCCAGAGCACAACUGGAAGGAAGCACCAGCAAAUGCAGAAAACUCGGAUGAUGACUGUGACCCCAACAAGCUUGUGCAGUGCCCCUAUGACAAAAAUCACCAGAUCAGGGCCUCUCGUUUCCCUUUUCAUGUUCUCAAGUGCAGGAAGAACCACCCCAAACUUGCCAAUGAACUGAAGACCUGCCCUUUCAAUGCCAGGCACUUGUUUCCAAAGCACGAGUUGUCACAUCACAUAGCAAACUGUGAGGACAAGAGGUCACUGACUGCUGAAGAUGGAAAUAUAGAGGUGUUAAAGAAGUUCCAGGUGCCUGUAAAUACCUGGACAAACCCUUCACCCAAUGAGGACUGGGAAACAGAGUCUGAUGAUGCUGCUGUGUUUGUUUGGGGUCAAUCCAACAAUCAGCUUGCCCAAAACAAGCCAGAGCCAUCUACCACUGUCAGUUUAUCCGAUGGAUUGCGGGCACCUCGAACUCUUCCAUGGAAACUCUAACAAGGAUGUGUCAUCACAGGACAAACGCCACAAGACAAGCUCUUGCGUUUUUUUUAUAUUUUGAACCCUGUGUGACUUCUAGCCCAUCUUGUUUCAAAUGUACCUGAUUUUAAAGUUGUUUUUAAUUUUGCAGUGCCUUCAGAUUUUUGUAGUGUAUUGC